UUACCAUAAAUUAUAAAUUACUUAAAACGUUUCGUUUCACUAAAAGUCGUUCGUUCCAGCAAAUAAAGCCAAUUUUGAGUUGCACCCCCUUUUCUGACAGCAAUGGAGGAGUAUGCACGUGAUCCAUGUCCUUGGAGAAUAGUGGAUGAUUGUGGUGGUGCCUUUUCUAUGGGUGCCAUAGGAGGGUCUGUAUUUCAUGGAAUCAAAGGAUUUAGGAAUGCACCCAGUGGACAUUACAGACGACUAAUUGGCAGUUUUGUUUCCAUCAAACAGAGAGCUCCUGUUACUGGCGGUAAUUUUGCAGUUUGGGGAGGCCUGUUUUCAGCUAUUGAUUGCUCUUUAGUUUACAUUCGAAAAAAAGAAGACCCUUGGAAUUCAAUCACAAGUGGUGCACUGACAGGAGCCGUGCUCUCUAUCCGAAAUGGUGCUGGUGCAAUGGUUGGUUCAGCAAUAAUUGGUGGUGUACUACUUGCAUUAAUUGAAGGUGUAGGCAUAUUAAUUACUCGGUUUUCUGCAGAACAGUUCAAUCCCGCAAACAGAAGUAUGAUAGAAGAUCCAUCGCAGUUACCACCAAAGCCAAUUUUUGGAAAUUCAUACCAAUAGCUACCUCUAAACAUUCUAGCAACUAGUGUAUUCCACCUAACAAGUACCAAACUGAACAAUUUUGAACAGUACCACAAAAAUACAACAAAAAACUACAGCAUUCUAGCAACCAAGUAUUUCCACUUUGCUGUUGUUAUAAACUCACUUGGACUCUGCUGCUGUCUAAACUUUCUGCUGGGGUCUUUGAGUAUUUGUGCUAGUGUGCUGCUGAUCCAGGGCAGAAAUUACAAGCAUCUACCUUUGUCAAUUUGAAAUUCUUCAUUAACAGUUUCUUAUAAAUCUGAAAUUCUUUGAUUUUUCUUUGACUUAUUCUAGAAAACAAACAUACAAAGGAUAUAUCUAUAUAUAUAUUCAUUGAAGAACUGCCCCUUUUCUUUUUUAUAAACAUAGUUGCAAAUGUAGAGAUGUAUUUACAAAAAGAUAUUUCUCUCUGAUAAUUAUAUUUUUUUGCAGCUGACCUAUUUAAGGAAGUGUAUUUGGAUAUUUUAACUACACUGGAAUAUUUAAGUAGGUGUUUGUAUAUAAAAAUGUGACUGUGUGUAUAACAACAAUGUGUUUAAUUCUUUAAUUCUAAAUUUGCUUAAAGACGAAGUUACGCAUUUGCAUCAUAAUAUCUAACUAAAUUAUAUUUCAGUAUCUUAUACAUUAGAGCAGUGGUUCCUAAACAUCUUUGUUUUUUCUUUUUGAUUAUGGCACACUUUGCAGCAAAUAAAAAUAUUUUCGUACA